AUGGUCAUAUUCAACAACAACACCGUCCUUAGAUGGAUGGAAGAAUCAAAAAUCACAUCAGUCUCUUGGUGUCAUGGAAGAAUCUUUUUAGGAAAUAAUCUGGGCCAGAUAUUUUCAUUUAAAUCUCCUUCCAUAAGUACAAUAGUAAAUACUAAUGAAAAAAACAAGAUUACAGUGUCAAAAAGACCAAUAGUUCACAUAAGCUCAUUGGAGCCUAGGGAAGAAUUACUGGCGCAGGAUUCUGAAGGGGAUUUGUUCAUCGUAAAUAUAUUUCUGAAAACGAAACCAGUGAUUUUGUGCAGGAAGGCCUCGUGCUUUACAAGACAAGCCAUAGAAGGGUGCGAAGAAGUAAGAAGUUCCGACAAAAUCUUACCAAUAACGUAUAUGGCGAACAUAUGUGUAGGACUAAAACAGAAGAUACAAAUAUAUUCAGCAAUAGGAGAAAAUGUACUGCACCAGAGAGAUAUAUCUAUAUCAGAUGUACCGCUGACAAUCUGCUGGUUAAAUAACACAAUAGUUAUCGGAUCCUCGACUUGUUACUCUAUGACUAAUCCAGAAGGAACAGUUUAUACCGAGCUUUGUAGAAAUGACAUUUCUACAGAUAGAAGAUUACAAAAGCCAAAUACAACGAAGAACAUAAUCACGUGUACAUGCAUAGAUAAUGAUGUAAUGAUAGUCUGUGAUAACAUAGGAGUGUUUUAUAAUGCAGAAAUUAUGAACUUGUCAAACAAAAACACGAUUCAGUGGACUGGAACUCUGCAAUCAUUAGGCUCAUGCCCUCCCUUCAUAGUUGGCCUGACCUCUAAAAAGAAGUUGGAAAUACACGGAAUUAGAGAUCAAUUGUUGUACAAGACUCUCGACCUCACAACCUCAGCAAUUACCUAUUUCAUGCCAGAUAAGUGUAAUUUUUUGUGCGCAACAUCAACAAUUGUAACAGCAGUUCAACCGUCAAGUUAUUAUGAAAACAUAUCAAAUUUCCUAGAAAAUGAUAAAAUUAAGGAAGCGCUACAACUCGUAAACCUAUAUUUCUCACAAAAUGAUCCUAGGAAAAAAUCUGAAAUAGCAAUAUGCCAUACGAUAGCAGGCUGGAUAUAUUUCUCUAAACUGAACUUCCCGAUAGCAUUUUUACAUUUUUCAUACGGGAAUGUAGAUAUAGUAUAUCUGCUGUCAUUCUGGAAUCAAUAUUACCCACUGCAUGUGCCAGAAACUUACCAGUUUAAUAAGGAAAUGCCACAGUUCCUGCAUCAUUUGAUACCGAAAACGUCAGUUAUAGACAAAUUUAUCGAAAAUAAGAUGAAUGACCCAGAGUUCAGCAAGUACAACCAGAUUGAGAAUACAAAGAAGGAAUUGUUGGAAUUGGCAAAUAGUUCGUUUGCACUGUUUUUAUUUAAGAACUCGAAAGUAAAGGAGUUGGAGAGGGACGGAGAAAUGGUAGAAUUUUACAAGAAGCUUCAAACAGCAAUAGAAACAGUAACAUUUUUGUUGUUUUCAGAAUCUGAUGAUUUGAGAUACAACCAUAUACUGAGAAAAGAUAAAAAUAGUUCAUUUGUGGAUGUUGACGCAACGAAAAAUCAUUUAAUUGACAUGGAUAAAAGUGAUUUGUAUGCUAAAUUGCUUAUAAGAGAUGGACGUCUAAUAGAAGCGAUGGGAGUACUUUCAGACCUUGUGACAUCAAGAAAUGUGCACUCACAACAUAACUUGGAAGAAACUACUAAUACUCCAUGCAUAGAGCUGGCUUCAUGCAUUAACCUGGUUUUAGAUUCAGUGGGAAAGAACAAGAAUUCAGAACUUUCACCUAAUUUCACACCGGAAGAAGUAAAGGAGAUUCUUUACACCUAUUUGCCCCUCCUUUUUGAAAGUUCGCCAUCCUCAGCAUUGAAUGUACUGACAAAGAACCACACAACACUUCCUCUAAAUUCUGACGAAAUUCUAUCGAUGAUAAAUGAGCACUGUAAAAAGAGUACACAUGGGCAUAUGGAUAUGCCUCAACUCCAAAUAAAGUAUUUAGAGGACCUGGUAUUGAAGAAUAAAUCAGGAGGGGUUCAUGAAAAUACAUUGUUGGUGAAGUAUUACAUACAAUCACUUUCCUCAACACAAGGUAAUUUCAACGUUGACAGUAAGAAGGGGUUUGAAAGUCAAAAUGAUAGGAAACAGACACUGUUUCAGCUUCUGGAGGGGAACUAUACAUUUGAUUUACCUAAAAUAGAAAAUAUGAUCUGCAGUCUAGAUAUGCCAGAAGCAAGAGUGAUUUUGUAUUCGAAACUAGGAAAACAUUAUCAGGCACUUGAAACCAUAUAUACCAAAUGGAACACAAACCAAGUUAAAUUGUGUGAAGCAUACUGUCUAUGUUUUGGAGAUAUAACUAAAUUUGACCAGUUGAACAAGGAUAACCCUUACAAGAGGCUGUUUACGUACUAUGAUUAUUGGAUUGAGAAGGCUGAGGAGUGGCCGUUGUCAGAUACAAAUCUCUACAUCAUAAACCAGGAAUCGGAGACUUCAAUCGAUAAUUUAAUAAUGAAUCUUUUGAAAAUUAUAGUUUCUCAUACUGAAACAGAGAAUAAAACAACGAUCACUAAACAUUUGAUAUCGAAAUACAUACACUUCUGCGGCCAUAAUUCAGCACUCAACGGAACAAGCAUACUGGAAGUAAUACCAGGAGAUUGGAAUUUCAAUGAAUUUGCAAACCUAUUUAACCACUUGCAACUGAGAAUGCUACACAGUCAGAGAACAAAGUCAGUAAAGAAGGGAUUAGCAAGAUCGUUACACUCGAAAACAUCAAUGUCGCUCUAUAAGUUGACCUCACUACAGCCAGUGAGGAUAGAUACAAAUACACUAUGUAUGGUAUGCUCAGAACCAAUAAAAAUAGGAACUAGCAUCGCAAUCAAGAUACCACCCCAAAAGGAUGCCUCAGAAUCUAAUAAUUCCAUCAGACAGCCUUUCGUAGUUCACGAGUAUUGCAUAAGGAAGGGCCAUAUGAGCUGA